AUGUCAACUAAGGGCAUGAACCACUGGAUCGAAGAUCGGAACCAGAGUAGAGAUCACGGCCCGCGCAAACCGAACCAGGACACCAGAACAAAGCACUACAGAGACGAACAUCUCGAACAGAUAACACGUUCAACCAACGAAGUACCUCACCACGGUAAUUGGGAAUAUACCACGGCAGGCACAACAGAGGCCAACGAACCAACAACGGUCGGCAACACAGAGCACAACAAAACAACCAAGCCACUGAUACGCGCGGCGGCAGAUGAAAGGGCAACGAUCCUGAAUAAACUAGGUCAAACAAGGGGAGACACCCCAGAGCUACCGGACAAUAAGGAGGCCAUUAAUCUCGGACAAACGACCCAAAUAAACGAGCUACAGUACCAGAACGAGAGCGAACCACCCUAUCGGUUACUACAAGUCAGCUUCGUCAAGAGCGUAUUGGAUUCAUGGAAAAGUGCGAUUCCUGGAGGCGAGAAACUGAAAGAGAAUAAUCUCAUUUGCGAAAAGCACUUUAAUAAUGAAGAUGUCGUUAAGGAAUUCGUGCAAAUCUUUCCGGAUGGCACAAAACAAACUCUCCAGAGAAAAAAAGCGGCACUGAGAAAAGGAGCUGUGCCUUGCAUUUUUCCUGACAGGCUACAACUUGCGGAGGUUGCAGACACAAUUGCAGAUCACGUACAGCGUAAUUCACAACAACAAAUCGCACCUUGCGAGUAUUCGUCGGAAAAUGCACGGAGUAUCGAUGAGGCGAAUAAAAAGAUGUUAAAAGCAAGGCGAAGUAUCUCUGAUAUCAAUUCGCUCGUAAGCUGUAAGAGGAAAGCACACCAACUCGAAACUGAUGAAGGUACAUCGCGGAAUGGUCGUGAGAUUGACGAGAUCCAAUGUGCAACAGUUUCUUCACGAGAAAGCCAAUCAUUGGUGAAUGCUGAAAACGAAGAGACAGAAUCAACAACAGUUUCUUUGCGAGAAAAUCAUUUUGUAGAAAUCUGUAAUUCGUUAAUGCACAACGCUCAGUCAGUCACAUUACCUGGUAAUUGGAUUCCACAAGUUAUUUGCACUGGAGUAAAAUGCAUUAUGUUUGCCGAAUGGAAAGAAAAUUGCAGUGCACUUUUGCACGAGAGCGAGCAGUAAAUCGAGGUUUAGGUCACGGCGUGUACUACACGCGUAUAUAAUAAAAGAUAUAUACAUCGCUAAUCAAACUAUCAAGUAAAUUUUCAAUAAAAAAAAUGCUGGCUACAACAGUCCAUGGACGCGUGCACGCGUCUCUUUUUCAAAAAAUUUCUCGAUCACCUCACGAUCCUCGCCUCGACGAGAGAAAGACAUUCCAAAAUAUUAUAUACACGUAUAAGCAUUCCGUUCGAUUACUUGCUCACUCGCUCUUUUUCAGAGGAUCUUUUUUUUCCCGCGCGAUUCGCACUUUAAGUUUCGCGGUAACCUCGUCUCUCGUGAUUAAAUUCUCUCCGGCCCGUACGUCAGAAAAUAAUAAAGCAACAUUGCACGGUAUAAAUAUAUAAAUUUACGUACGUAUAUUGCAGGUGGAACGUUUGAAGAGAGAAUUAAAAGAAGCUAAAACGCAAUGUGCUAAGGCCAAUGUCGAAGCUCUUGAACGAGCUUGCGCGGAACUGCCUGAAAAUCAGCAGUUAGCUGUGAGGGCUUGUUUUAAUGCAUCAAAAAUAGAAGACCAGAGAGGUAUAAGAUACACUACACAGUGGAUUUAUGAAUGUCUUCUUCUUCGAAUAAAGAGCCGUAAAACAUAUAAUCAUCUUCGAACACACAACAUAUUAUGUUUGCCAAGUUGCGAAACGUUGAACCGCUAUCUAAAACAUAUUAAAGGAGCUUAUGGAUUUAAUGAAAGCACAUUUAAAUUACUA